GCCUCUCUCCCCAUUGAAUUUUGUGCCAAGGAAGAGCAACGGACCAAGAAAAGAAACAGUAAAGUCAAAGCAAAAGAAAUGGGUGAAAACAACAAUGAUCAAACUCCCACCAUUCCUCUCCUCACUCCUUACAAGAUGGGGAAGUUUAAUCUUUCUCACAGAAUCGUAUUGGCUCCAUUGACAAGGCACAGAUCUUACAACAAUGUUCCUCAGGAACAUGCUAUCUUGUAUUACUCCCAGAGAACCAGCAAAGGGGGUUUCUUGAUAGCUGAGGCUACUGGGGUUUCUGAUACUGCCCAAGGAUAUCCUGAUACACCUGGGAUAUGGACAAAAGAGCAAGUUGAAGCAUGGAAACCAAUUGUAGAUGCUGUUCAUAGCAAAGGUGGUACAUUCUUUUGUCAGAUAUGGCACGUAGGGAGAGUUUCAAAUUCGGGUUCUAAACCAAAUGGACAAGCUCCAAUCUCAUCAACAGACAAGCCACUGUCCCCACAAGUUGAGGCUAAUGGUGAUAUUGAAUAUUUUAGUCCUCCACGACGUCUAAGAACAGAUGAAAUCCCUGAAAUUGUCAACGAUUUUAGACUUGCAGCCAGGAAUUCCAUUGAAGCUGGUUUCGAUGGAGUUGAAAUCCAUGCAGCUCACGGUUAUCUCAUUGAACAGUUCAUGAAAGAUCACGUGAAUGACCGAACAGACCAAUACGGAGGGUCUCUGGAAAACCGUUGCAGAUUUGCUCUAGAAGUAGUUGAAGCUAUCGUAAAUGAGAUAGGUGGAGAUAGAGUUGGGAUAAGACUAUCACCGUUUGCAGAUUUGAUGGAGGCAGGAGAUUCAAAUCCAGAAGCUUUGGGACUCUACAUGGUGGAGAGUUUGAACAAAUAUGGAAUUUUGUACUGCCACAUGGUGGAGCCACGGAUGGAAAGUGUUCCUGAGGAGGUUGAGUGUCCUCGUAGCCUCUUACCAAUGAGAAAGGCAUUCAACAGUACAUUCAUAGCUGCUGGGGGGUACGAUAGGGAAGAUGGAAACAGAGCCAUUGCCGAAAAUCAAGCCAAUCUCAUUGCUUAUGGACGUUGGUUCUUGGCAAAUCCAGACUUGCCAAGGAGAUUCGAGAUAGAUGCUCCUCUCAACAAGUACAAUAGGAAUACUUUUUACUUAUCAGAUCCAGUAGUUGGUUACACAGACUAUCCCUUCCUGGAAGAGUAGCAAUUCUCAUUCGAAGUGACUUCCAUUUGGCUUCUUUAAAUAAAUAGUUAGUCUCCAUGUAAUUCGUUGAUUAUGUUUCCAUUCCAGAUGUAUAACAUAAUGGAGCGAAUUCGGUGAUCAUGAUUCCAUUCCAGAUGUAUAACAAAAUGGAGUGGAUUAUAGUAGAAGCAAGCACGGAUUCAAUGACCAGAUAAAUUUAAACCA